CCGAAGUUGGUUGUCAUGCACGAACUCAUUGGAAAAUACAGCCAUUCGGACAUGGACAUGCUGAAGGAUCAGCUGAAGCGUGGAGGAUACAUGGGCGCCCUUGGACCGCCCACCCCUGGUACAUCCACCCCCUCGCCCUUCCUGAUGCCCGCCGAAUUCUACAAGAGCCUGCUCGCCACCGCCGUUCUGCAGCAACAGCAGCACCACAAGUUCUACGCCGGCACGCCCUCGCCCAGUCCCGCCCCCAGCCUAUCACCCACCUCAGGUCGCCACUUGCUGUUUUCCACGGCAGCUGCAGCGACCGCUUGUGUUCCGGAGAAUGGUCAAGUGAAGAAGGAGCUCGAAGAGCAGGAUCAGGAGAAUGGGGCGCAGGAAGCCGCCGGACAUGAGGAGCAGAAACCCAUCAUUGAAGAGAACCCAUCGCCGAAUAAGCCGCACAACAACAGCGGCUACUCGUGGUCCACCGGCAACAACAACGAGGUUGUCAGUAAUAGCAGCAACGGCCACACCAACAACCACCCAACAACACCACCCACGCCGCCCAACGAGGCGAGCGCCACCCAAGCGACUUCAGUGUCCGCAAUUAAUUUGAAUCAAGCCCAACCCGCAUCACAGACGCGUUCAAACUUUGGCAGCUCCAUAAAGUCACCACCAUCAGAACCGGACGCGGUUGCCGCUGCCACGUGCAAAAGUCAGGAGAACAACUCCGGCCAGAACCCCACCUCCACCUCCACCUCCAACGCAACCUCCAUCUCCAUCUCCGACUCCAUCUCCGACUCCGAUCCGAACCCGGCUCAUAACCUUAAUUCGAAUUCAACGGCCGCUGCUGUGGCCGCCGCUGCCGCCGCCGCCGCCGCCGCCGCUGCCAACAUGCCGAUCGGCGGCGUUCAGGGCCAGAAUCCCACCCAGGGCCUGGUCCACUGGAUGAGCGCCGUGAUGGCCGAGCACAUGACCGGCCAGACGCACCACGAUCCUGGCGCCGUAGGCAUGCACUACAUGUGGAACGGAAACGUUGACCAUGCCAAAGACAUAAGCGAUUACAAUCUUUGGCCGCCAACGCCGCGCAGUCAUCAGCAUGCCAGCGAGCAUCACCCGAUGUCCCUGAAGCAGGAGUACGAGGCCAAAAUGAACGACCACCACCACAACAAUCUGCAGAAAGGUCACUUUCUGGAUGACAAUCGUCUGGAGCAUCACGCGGUUACCGGACAAGGUGGCCUGGGUCUAGGUGCAUCCAACGGAGUUGGCGGAGGAGGCGGUGGCGCUUCGGUGGGUGGCAAUUCCAGCCUUGGUGCAAGUUCCCACCACGCAGUCGCCGCCGUCCACCAUCACAACCAGGCGGUGGCAGCUGCUUCGGCGGCCGCUUUGCUGGUGGUGCCCCAGCCGAUCAAUGCCAGCAAAAUGGGCGGACCCGGCGGAGUCUCCUCUGUGGCAGGUGGACAUGCCACCGGCGGAGGGAGUGGGAGAAAAUAUCAGUGCAAAAUGUGCCCCCAGAUUUUUAGCUCGAAGGCUGAUCUCCAGCUGCACACACAGAUCCACAUGCGAGAGGCCAAGCCGUACAAGUGUACCCAAUGCUCGAAGGCCUUCGCCAACUCGUCGUAUCUGUCGCAGCACACCCGGAUCCACCUGGGCAUCAAGCCGUACCGCUGUGAGAUCUGCCAGCGAAAGUUCACGCAGCUCUCGCAUCUGCAGCAACACAUCCGGACACACACGGGCGACAAGCCGUACAAGUGCAGGCAUCCCGGCUGCCAGAAGGCCUUCUCGCAGCUCUCCAACCUGCAGUCGCACUCGCGGUGCCACCAGACGGACAAGCCGUUCAAGUGCAACUCCUGCUACAAGUGCUUCUCGGACGAGCCCUCGCUGCUGGAGCACAUCCCCAAGCACAAGGAGUCUAAGCACCUAAAGACGCACAUCUGCCAGUACUGCGGAAAGUCGUACACCCAGGAGACCUACCUGACCAAGCACAUGCAGAAGCACGCGGAGCGGACGGACAAACGGCCACCUAUCGUGCCGGGCAGCGCGGCGGCCAUUGCAGCAGCGGCCGCUGCAGCUGCCGGAGGGUCGGCCAACCCGACCAAUGGACCGCCCCCGCCUCCCAAUCCCGCUCAGCAUCAGCGCAACAACUUGGGCCUGCCCCCCGUCUCCAUUGCCCCCAGCGACAACGGCUACUGGCCUAAGGUAAGUCCGGACUCGGCCGCUGCAGCCAACGCCAUGGAGGUGAUGCACCAGCAGCAGCAGCAACAACAGCAGCAGCAGCAACAGCAGCAGCAGGCGCACCACCACCACCCGCAGCAUGGAGUCCCGCCGCAGCAACAUGUCCCGCCCCAGCAGCAGCAGCAACAGCAGCAGCAACACCACCAUCCGCAGCAGCAGCCUCCUCCCCAGCACAGCAUGGAAACCCACUACGCUCAGCCGACGGCUCCUAACGGAGCUCAAAGCAACGGACACGGUGCGGAGUUGCAGCCCCAUCAUCGCAUGCCCGAUCCUGUGCGGGAGGAUAUUGCCUCGACCCCCAGCGCCGUAGGUCCCUAUGAUGCCGCAUCCAUAACGAAAGCCAACAGCAACUCGGCGUUCACGCCGAUCAACUCGAUGCCCCCGCACCUGAACUCGCUGAGCCACCACCCAAUGGCCCAGCGGCCCUAUCUCUACGAUGCCAUCAGCUUCCCGAACAAGAACGUGAACCAGAACAACGCGAACGGGUUCCCCAACCAGCUGAUCUCGCUGCACCAGAUCCGCAACUACGCCCACCAGCCGGCGGGAUUGAUGGCGGGAGAGCACCUCCUGGGCGUGAGUGUGGGACCUGGGAAGGACAAGGGAUAGCUAG